GAUUUCUAUCAUGGGAACAGCCGAGCCCGUCGCUGCCUGAGCGCAAACGCUACCGGCGCAAAGCCACAUAGCGGAGACCGGGGGGACGGGAAGGACUCUGUACGAGCUCCACCAGGCAACUUUAUUGCACUUCGGAGAAUGCUAUGACUUGUUUUCAUAGCUGUCUUCCCGCUGAGCGCAGACUGUCACCGUAGCCGAGGCGUCCUCCGUUGCGCACUGGAGCGCGGCGCAAAGUGGAUGAGUGGAUUCCGCAACUUCUCAGAAAUGACGCGCGACUUUCCCCUCCGCUCCCGUCUCGCGCUUCUCGCCCUGGCUCUGCUCGCGACGGUUGAAGUUGCAAGGAGCCAGUUUGCUGAAGACACAGGGAUGUCCUCCGCACCAUUUCCAGUUUAUCCCACUGUAAACCUGCAGGUCCUUAACGUGGACCAUGUGUUUCUGAGGCAGGGCGGUCCCAGACCAUGGGGGAAUUCCAGCCUGAAGGCCCAGACUCAGACUUUUGUCACCACAGCUUCGGGCUCCAGGCUUCAGCCGGCUGUCAAGGCUUUAUUCGGUCCCAUAAAUGUCGACGCCCCGAUUCCUCCGGACCUGCUCUUCAGCGGCGCCAGGAUCCUGCCCGUCAUUCUGAGCCGCCAGAUCCGCUCCUCGUCUCCUGUCGUCAAGAUCCUCUUCCACAUGCCCUCAGAGAGCAGCAGCCCUCGGGGGUCGGCUGCGGCCGCGGCCGCGGACGGCGCCCACUGCGUGACCGCCUACGCCUUCUGGGAGACGAGGGAAGUGCGCGGCGCGUGCCUGGUGCGUCCGGGCGGGUUCUGCGUCGCCCAGCUGAAGCCCGAGCCCGCCUGGUUCAGCUCGGCCAGUCGAUCGGGCAGCUCCAGCAGCGAGGCAGGCAGAGCCGAGGGAACCAAGGGGAACCCGGUGGAGGUCUACUUCCAGAGUCGGGGGGAGCAGACGGGCCAGUGUAGCCCGCAGGACAGCCUGCAGCGAGUGGGAGUGGGAGUGGGGGGGGGGAGGGGCGCCGGGGGGUCGGGAACGCCGAUGAGGCGGGUGGGCAGCGUCAGCCUGCUCCGGACGGCACCGGGGAACCCCACGUUCCUGCGGCUGCGGCUGGGCGGUGCUGUGGUCAUCCAGACGUCCUCCAAGCCCCUCAAGCCCGCAGAUGUGGCCACCUUCUAUGUUUUCCUGUCCAGUGCGUCCACGCUGGAAACCUUCACCCUCAGGGCAGCAGCGAGGACGGGCCUGUCCUUCAGCGCCGCUCGUCCCAGCGACCCGGCGCUGUGGGACAUCGUCGUGGAGCCCGGCAGAGGCUCCGCCCCCAACGCCGUGUCCGUCGUGUGCCACCGGAAGGUCGCCAUCACUGCAAAGAGGGGUCUUCUGGAGGUUUUACAGUUGGACUUUGUGCCAAAAGACAUUUCGGCGCAGGCUGAGAGUCAGAGCGUCUCCUGGCGUCUGGAGUUGCCGGGGAACACCAGGGAUGUGGGUGUAAUGCGGCUCUACACCACCCGGAGAGACUACGUGGGACUGGCUCCUCUGGUCACGAGAACGGACAUUCUGAACACGGCGGUGCUGACGGGGAAAACGGUGUCGGUCCCGGUGAAAACUCUGGCGGUGGAGGCCGACGGCUCAGUAACAGAUGUGACCAACUUCACCAGCUGUAAAUCGACCGACGAGGACGUGCUCAAGGUGUCGGAGCGCUGCGACUACGUCUACGUGAACGGGAGCGAGACGAGAGGGAGGAGCAGAGUGAUGCUCAGCGUCGCCUACGGCUUCCUGAGCGCCCGGCUGGAGCUGAGCGUCUGGAUGCCACGCCUGCCCCUGCUCAUCGAAGUGGCCGACCCCGAGCUCAGCCAGAUCAAAGGCUGGAGGGUCCCCGUUACCGUCGGCAACAGGAGGUCAACGUGGGACAGUGAUGAGGAGGAGGAGAUGAGGAAAGGGAGGGGCUGCAUGCUCCAGUACCAGUCCUCUACGAUAAAGGUUCUGACACCCUUCACAGCCCAGGGUGACCCUGAGGUGCCGCCCGACCCACUAACAGGGGCCGAGCCUGUAGAAUACUUCCUGGGUCCUGAUUGGCAGGUGGAUGUGACCAACCUCGUGCGCCACUCUGUGCGAGUGGCCGACCCCGACGUGGCCCGGGUGCAGGACGGGGCGGUGCUGCAGGGACGGGCCGUGGGCUCCACUACAGUGCAGGUGCUGUCCCCGCUGACGGCCUCCGUCCUGGCGGAGAGGAGCGUCAGGGUGCUGGACGACAAAGUGAGCGUGACAGAGCUGGGGGUGCGCUUGGUGUCGGGACUCUCGCUGUCGCUGCAGCUCAGCCCGGGGAGCAGCGGGGCCAUCGUUGCCACGGCUACCGCACGGGAGACCAUCACGCAGCUCAAACAGGAAGCGGUCGUCAGCUGCUGGGUUCGGUUCAGCGACGGCGCCGUCGCUCCACUGGAGCUGUUCGACCGCGGCGUCUACUCCCUCACGGCGUCCACCCCGGACGAGCGCGUGGCCACCGUGCGCCGCACGCCGCUGUCCACGUUGGUGGUGGCGCAGGGCGAGGGCAAAGGGCCGGGGGCGCAGGUGCGAGUGGAGCUCAGGAUCUGUGAGGAGUGCCAGAAGUCCAAGAGGAAGAGCAAGCUGGCAGUGGGAACCGGCCUCCUCACGUUCAACCUCCAGAGCAGCGGCCGGGCCGCGGAAGGCGCCUCAGAGCUGAAGACCCCCCCCUCCACCACCACCACCACCACCCCCUCCCAGCCAGUCGUCACGGAUGGGGGUAAAAUGAGCAGCGCAGGAGUCCAGCAGGAGUUCAGCUCGCUGGAAAGGACCACCACCACCAAGCUUUCCACCAGAUACGCACCGCCGCACGUGGUGUGGAUCGGAACCACGACCACGUCGAGAGGAAGCGCGUACACGGCGGUUCCCACCACCGCCUCCAGAACCAUGAGCCCCCCGCUGAGCAUCGCCAGGCCCAUCGCCGAUACAGAGGGUGGGCAGAGACGGGGUCACGGGAACAUGCUCGACGACCCCAAUACGUCCUCCAACAAAGACCCUGAAGCCGAGGCAACACCCAAAAAGGACCCUCCCAAAUCCAAGACUCCAAAAAUAAUCGAAAGCGACCUCAUCCGGACUUUCAGAGCCAUGUCGGACCUGGAAAUCGGCAUGUAUGCUCUGGUCGGGGUCUCCUGCGUGGCCAUUCUGGCUUUCUUGCUCAACUGCGCGUCGUACAACCUCUGCUUCAGGAAACACAAGACUCCAAUACAGGCGGCCCCGGCGCCUGGCGCCGACCCGAAGGCCCACAGGCACGACUGGGUGUGGCUGGGGGGCACCGGCCGCAGGGCCCCGGUCCCGGGGGCCCCGGCUCCGGUGCCCGCGCUGCAGUGCGACGCCGGCCGCCCGGCGGAGGCCCGGCCGCCGGCCGACGGCGUGGCCCAGUGCGGCGCCGAGAGCGCCCUGCCCACGGUGAGCGUCCCCUCGGCCCCCGAAAGAACGGCCACGCUGGGCCGCAGCAGAACCAGCUCCCAGCAGCAGAAGUUCCAGACCAAGGCCACGGACCCCAUGGCCAACCGCUCGGCCACUUUACUGGCGCGGCCCCACCGCAGCGAGCCGCUCCACUCGCCCACCAGUAAGAGGAACCAGGUCCAGUUCACCACCUUCACCACGCUGGACAUCAAGCACCUGGCGGCGCUGAAGCAAAACAGCACGGACUUGAACUGGGCCGGCCAGCAGACGCAGCAGCAGCAGCAGGUCCCCGCUGAGCCCAGGACCCCUUUACCCGACAUGCCGUGGCCCGUGGUCAAACCGCUGGGGGAGCUCCAGUGACGCCGCGGCGCCGAGCACGAAGCGAGAAACCGAGCCGGCUUUUCAUUUUCUGGAUGCAGUCACUGAGAUUAGUUUGAGCAAAACACAUUUUAUACGACGAACAUAAUGCAAACAGUUUUUAAUAUUGUUAGGAGUAGCUAUUGUUUUAUUAGCUGAAUCCUCUAGCAGCUGCAAAGAUGUCCUGAUCCUGUAAAUAUAGAGAGAACUAUUAUUACUAUUUCUACAUUUCUAACGCAAAACACAUUUUUACCUUCUUUUACUUUUGUACAGGUGUGUUGCCCCUGUAGACACCAGGCUAAAUGCAGUAGGGGGGUAUUUCUUCUAAGUACAUAUAAUUCUCUUCUUUUCCAGCAUUUGUACUCUUUUUCCAAAGACUCCUCCAGAGAAUACGUCUGUGAGAGUCUGUGAAAUCCGUCAGAGAAUAUUCAACAUUUACCAAGUUCUACUGACACGGCGUAUUUAUUCCAUGCGCGCUAUGCAAAUAUGGUCAGGGCAGAGUGUGAAGUGGACAUCGUGUGGGUUUUAACAGCUACCUUGGACUUGGGGCUGCUCCUGGGGGGCCGGUUCUACAGUUCUGUAUAAACUCCUCUUGGUUCAGAUCGAUGCAUAUUCAUGUUUUCACGUGAGCAGAAACGCUACGAUGCCUUUUCUGUAACCUCGUCUCUAGUCACAAACCAAAAUGUGCUGUGUUUCCUCAGAGAUCCUACCAAUAAAGUGCAAACGGACGCAUUA